CCUAAAAUGAAUGGCCAAUGCUUAUAUUGGAUACAGACCGCCAAAAAGAAGCCCUAGGCAGAGGUGCGCGAGAGGGGCUGCUUUCCUUCUCCGAAUGAAUAAUCGCGUUGAUUUCGUGGAUUUUUCCUCCCUCCACUGCUUAUAUUUUAUUCAAAUUCAUCUCUUGAUUGUUUAAUCCACUAAGAAUUCGAAGGGUUUCGUCCUCUCUCAAUCGUCUCCUCCCCCUUUUUUGCCUUCACCAUCGAUCGCCAUGUCCAGAAGGGUUCUAUGCAAGUAUUUUGCACAUGGAGCAUGUUUGAAAGGGGAGUAUUGUGAGUUUUCGCAUGAUUGGACUGAUCCAUCAAACAAUGUUUGUACUUUCUAUCAAAAGGGAAGAUGUGCUUUUGGCAGUCGAUGCAGAUAUGAUCAUGUUAAAGUUUCUCAUGCAGAGUCAUCAGCUUCUUCAAAUUCCCAGCAACCUAUUGUGUCUGAAUCUGUUUCUGUAACUCGCCCCCUUUUAUCAAGCCAACCUUCUACUUUGCCUGGGUCUACUGGAGAGCUGGCAGGUUCAGAGAUAUCUUGUCUUCCCCCCCAAGAUGAACCUGCUUGGGGUGGACAGUCUGAGCAUCAUCCAGAUGAUCUUGAUGAUUGGAGGGAUGGGGAGACAAGGACUGAUGGUCCAUCAGAUAUACCUAUUUGUUCUUUUAUUGCUGGUGGUGGUGUUUGUCCACGCGGUGAAAAUUGCCCUCAUAUUCAUGGGGACAUAUGUCCCACAUGUGGGAAACAAUGUUUACACCCGUUUAGGACUGAUGAAAGGGAGGAGCACAUGAAGGCAUGUGAGAAAAAGCAAAAACAUAUCGAGGCUUUGAAGCAUAGCCAAGAUAUAGAGUGUAGUGUCUGCCUGGAGCGUGUUCUUUCUAAAUCUGAAUUGGGUGAGAGGAAGUUUGGGAUUCUAUCAGAAUGUGAUCAUCCAUUCUGCAUCUCUUGUAUCAGAAACUGGCGCAAUAGUUCAUCUACCUCAGGAAUGGAUGUUAAUAAUGCAUUGAGAGCUUGCCCAAUUUGUAGGAAGUUAUCAUACUUUGUCAUUCCAAGCGUCAUUUGGUAUUCUUCUAAGGAACAAAAGCAAGAGAUUGUUGAUAGCUACAAGACAAGGCUGCGAUCAAUAGAUUGCAAGCACUUUAACUUUGGAAAUGGGAAUUGCCCUUUUGGAAGCAGUUGUUUUUACAAGCAUGCAUAUCGGGACGGUCAGUUGGAAGAGGUCGUCCUGCGUCAUAUUGGAAAUCAAGAUGGUCUCACUGUUAUAGCUAAAGAUAUUAGGUUGUCGGACUUUCUCAGUGACUUGCACAUCAGGUGAAGAGCCAUUCAAUCAGUUUCAGAUGUCGAAUUGCUUGUCGGAGUCCGAUAUCGAGAAAUGGAAGGUGGGUUGCCCAACACGAUGCAUGGAGAAGCUUCGUCUUCUCUGCAUCGAAAUAAAGCUAAAGACACUGAGAAAUGAAGGUCGUAAGUCCAAGCUUAUUUUUCCGAUGAUGGCAAAAUAAAAGGUCACACCUAGUAACACAGCUUAAUAAAAUGUGUGGAAGCUACGGUGCUGUACUUUGAAACAUUGGAAAAUAUCGAAUGUAUUUUGUUUGUAUUUUAAAAAGGAAAGAUAAAAGAAAAAAAAAGUGGGAUUUUCUUGUUAGGGUUGAUGAGGGAAACAAGAGAAAAGUAACCGUUAGAGUUUGGAUCAAAUAUUGUACUCAGAUCAGUUUUCACAGUCAGAGAACUCUUUUUCUUUUUGAAUUAUUAUAAUUAUAGUUGGCUGCUCUUA